GGCCGCGGGAGCAUGUGGACCCGGAGCGGAGCUCGGGACGCGCUGCUGCUGGCACUGCUGCUCUGCUGGGACCCGAGGCUGAGCCAAGCAGGCACUGAUUCCGGCAGCGAGGUGCUCCCUGACUCCUUCCCCUCGGCUCCGGCAGAGCCGCUGCCCUACUUCCUGCAGGAGCCACAGGACGCCUACAUUGUGAAGAACAAGCCUGUGGAGCUCCGCUGCCGCGCCUUCCCCGCCACGCAGAUCUACUUCAAGUGCAACGGCGAGUGGGUCAGCCAGAACGACCAUGUCACACAGGAAGGCCUGGAUGAGGCCACCGGCCUGCGGGUGCGCGAGGUGCAGAUUGAGGUGUCGCGGCAGCAGGUGGAGGAGCUCUUUGGGCUGGAGGAUUACUGGUGCCAGUGCGUGGCCUGGAGCUCUGCGGGCACCACCAAGAGUCGCCGAGCCUACGUCCGCAUCGCCUACCUGCGCAAGAACUUCGAUCAGGAGCCUCUGGGCAAGGAGGUGCCCCUGGACCAUGAGGUUCUCCUGCAGUGCCGCCCGCCGGAGGGGGUGCCCGUGGCUGAGGUGGAAUGGCUCAAGAAUGAGGAUGUCAUCGACCCUACCCAGGACACCAACUUCCUGCUCACCAUCGACCACAACCUCAUCAUCCGCCAGGCCCGGUUGUCAGACACUGCCAACUAUACCUGCGUGGCCAAGAACAUCGUGGCCAAACGCCGGAGCACCACUGCCACCGUCAUCGUCUACGUGAAUGGUGGCUGGUCCAGCUGGGCAGAGUGGUCGCCCUGCUCCAACCGCUGUGGCCGAGGCUGGCAGAAGCGCACCCGGACCUGCACCAACCCCACCCCACUCAACGGAGGGGCCUUCUGCGAGGGCCAGGCCUUCCAGAAGACCGCCUGCACCACCAUCUGCCCAGUCGAUGGGGCGUGGACGGAGUGGAGCAAGUGGUCAGCCUGCAGCACUGAGUGUGCCCACUGGCGUAGCCGCGAGUGCAUGGCACCCCCACCCCAGAACGGAGGCCGUGACUGCAGCGGGACGCUGCUCGACUCUAAGAACUGCACAGAUGGCCUGUGUAUGCAAAAUAAGAAAACUCUAAGCGACCCCAACAGCCACCUGCUGGAGGCCUCAGGGGACGCGGCGCUGUACGCGGGGCUCGUGGUGGCUGUCUUCGUGGUCGUGGCAAUCCUCAUGGCGGUGGGGGUGGUGGUGUACCGCCGCAACUGCCGUGACUUCGACACAGACAUCACUGACUCAUCUGCCGCCCUGACUGGUGGUUUCCACCCUGUCAACUUCAAGACGGCCAGGCCCAACAACCCGCAGCUCCUACACCCCUCUGUGCCUCCUGACCUGACAGCCAGUGCCGGCAUCUACCGUGGACCCGUGUAUGCCCUGCAGGACUCCACCGACAAGAUCCCCAUGACCAACUCUCCUCUGCUGGACCCCUUACCCAGCCUUAAGGUCAAGGUCUACAGCUCCAGCACCACGGGCUCUGGGCCAGGCCUGGCAGACGGGGCUGACCUGCUGGGGGUCCUGCCGCCGGGCACAUACCCUAGUGAUUUCACCCGGGACACCCACCUCCUGCACCUGCGCAGCGCCAGCCUUGGUUCCCAGCAGCUCUUGGGCCUGCCCCGAGACCCGGGGAGCAGCGUCAGCGGCACCUUUGGCUUCCUGGGUGGGAGGCUCAGCAUCCCUGGCACAGGGGUCAGCCUACUGGUGCCCAAUGGAGCCAUUCCCCAGGGCAAGUUCUACGAGAUGUAUCUACUCAUCAACAAGGCAGAAAGCACCCUCCCGCUUUCAGAAGGGACCCAGACAGUAUUGAGCCCCUCGGUGACCUGCGGACCCACAGGCCUCCUGCUGUGCCGCCCCGUCAUCCUCACCGUGCCCCACUGUGCCGAAGUCAGUGCCGGUGACUGGAUCUUUCAGCUCAAGACCCAGGCCCACCAGAGCCACUGGGAGGAGGUGGUGACCCUGGAUGAGGAGACCCUGAACACACCCUGCUACUGCCAGCUGGAGCCCAGGGCCUGCCAUAUCCUGCUGGACCAGCUGGGCACCUAUGUGUUCACGGGCGAGUCCUAUUCCCGCUCAGCAGUCAAGCGGCUCCAGCUGGCCGUCUUCGCCCCCGCCCUCUGCACCUCCCUGGAGUACAGCCUCCGGGUCUACUGCCUGGAGGACACACCUGUAGCACUGAAGGAGGUGCUAGAGCUGGAGCGGACUCUGGGUGGCUACUUGGUGGAGGAGCCAAAACCCCUGAUGUUCAAAGACAGUUACCACAACCUGCGCCUCUCCCUCCAUGACCUCCCCCACGCCCAUUGGAGGAGCAAGCUGCUGGCCAAAUACCAGGAGAUCCCCUUCUAUCACAUCUGGAGCGGCAGCCAGAAGGCCCUCCACUGCACUUUCACCCUGGAGAGGCACAGCUUGGCCUCCACAGAGCUCACCUGCAAGAUCUGCGUUCGGCAAGUGGAAGGGGAGGGCCAGAUAUUCCAGCUGCACACCACUCUGGCGGAGACACCUGCUGGCUCCCUGGACACUCUCUGCUCUGCCCCUGGCAGCGCCGUCACCACCCAGCUGGGACCUUACGCCUUCAAGAUCCCGCUGUCCAUCCGCCAGAAGAUAUGCAACAGCCUAGAUGCCCCCAACUCACGGGGCAAUGACUGGCGAAUGUUGGCGCAGAAGCUUUCUAUGGACCGGUACCUGAAUUACUUUGCCACCAAAGCGAGCCCCACGGGUGUGAUCCUGGACCUCUGGGAAGCUCUGCAGCAGGACGAUGGGGACCUCAACAGCCUGGCGAGUGCCUUGGAGGAGAUGGGCAAGAGUGAGAUGCUGGUGGCUGUGGCCACUGACGGGGACUGCUGAGCCUCCUGGGACGGCAGGCUGGCAGGGACUGACAGGUGGCAGGUGCAGGGAGGCCUGCGGGAGCCUCCUGAUGAGGAUGUUUGGCCUCUGCUUCCUCCCAGUUCACAGCCAGAGUUGCCUCUCCUCCUCCUCUUCCCCAACCCCCAGACCACAACCAGCCUUAGAAAAUCCAUGUACUCUGUUGUUAGAGGGCCCAGAGUUCCUUCUCCAUCCCCGUUCUCUGUCUGUUGGCCUGAGAUCUCCGUGCGGGAACCAAGAUGGGGCUGAAGCCUCUGGAGGCGGUUGGGGCAGGCAGGAGGCCCUCCCUCCACCCCCCUACCCUCAGCCUGGCAACUUCUGAGUUCCAUGGGUUUUAGUUCCGUUCUUCAUUUUCUUCCUCCCUUAUUGAUUUAUCCUUUCUCCCUAAGCCCCCUUCUGCUUCCACGCCCUUUUCCUCUUUGAAGAGUCAAGUACAAUUCAGACAAACUGCUUUCUCCUGUCCAAAAGCAAAAAGGUAAAGGAAAGAAAGAAAGCUUCAGUCCGCUAGUAAGGCUCAAAGAAGAAGAAAAACACCAAAACCACAAGGGAAAAGAAAAACCCAGUUUCUUAGGAAACGCUAAUGAUUUAUUAUCCAGAUUAUUUGGAUAAGUCCUUUUUAAGAAAAAAAAAAAAAGAAAAUGAAAAACAACACAAAAAAAUAGAAAACUCUUUUCUUGAGUGUGGAUGAGAAUGGGCACACUCACACUUCUGGCCAGGAGUGAAUGUGCCUCUGUGUGUGUGUGUGUGUGUGUGUGUACAUGUACGCGUGUGCAUUGGGGAGAGAGAGACUGAACAGAGAGUACUUUGCUGCUAACAAAUCCAUCUUGGACUGAAUUCUGACAAGGCCUCAGUUUCCCCAGUUGUGCAGGGAGUAGAUCAGACAGGGUUUUCACUGUCUAGAUUUAGCUGGCUAGAUUUCCCUCUAAAAUCUUAAGCAGAUACUGAAUCCGUAAAGCCAAGGAGUGCUAAGGGCUGGAGUGGGUGGGCCCUCCCUCCCACAGCCCCAGGGAGAUACCUCUGGGCUCCUGGGAAUCUGGAUUAAGAAAGUUGGGAUGAAAGAGGAGGCCGGCUGUGAGCCAGGGAGAAUGUUCCAGUCUGGUUUUGGUCUGGUGGCUCCUAGAAAGGGAUGUGGCUCAGAAGUGGGACUCAAACAGAGAGACGAAGUGGGGGAGGAAAGUCCUCUACAGACAUCUCUCUCCUGGGGGCUGGAUAGCUUUACCCUAAGGUGGGGCCAGCCCUGACACCCUCAUCCCAUCCUCAGCCCAGCAGCCUCUGGAGCAGGGUGACGCUCUCUUGAUGGCCAGGAAUCCAGAAUCUGCCCUUCCCGAGCCUUGGUUUCUCCUUCUGUAAAGCAGAGUGAUGGCUGAGAGGUCCUUUCUAGCUCCAGAAGCCGGAGCUUCCCAGUGUCAGUCAACCCUGCAGUGUGGGAGGCUGGGAGGCGGGUGGCCUGGCUGUGCUUUGCAUGCCCAGGAGUGGAGGAGGAGGCUGAGAAGCUGGUUUCCCAGCUCUGAUCUCCACAGGCACCUCCUAUAACCCUCCUCUUACCCACCCCGCCAUGGUCUGGGAGAUCUGAAAUAACCUUUCCCAGUGGGUGGGAUUGCCAGGGUAGAGGGGACGGCACGCACUACCCCCACCCAACCUGUUCCAGGGGCCCUGCAUGGUGCAGGAUGAGUCUCUGCCCUGUGCAACUGCCUGUCAGUGGCUGGGACAGGAUCUUGCAGCCAGCACAGAGGCCUCAUCAAAGGCCUCUCCCUCUUGGCACUCCAGGCAGGGCAAGUGCCAGCUUCCCCAACACUUCCGGGCAGUGACCCUAGGGCGUGCCCUAGCAGGCCUCUGAGCAGCCACUGGGACCCGUCUCAGCACAUCCUGGCCUUUGAAAGUCUGAUAUCCUGAGAGGAGGGCAGGUUUUAGGGCUGCAGUUCCAGCCAGCGUCCCCAGCUUGGCUUCUCUGCCAUGGACUCGGCAGCUCGCGGGGCUUCUUACCACCCACCAGCCCCCUGGAGUGUGGCCUGGCUGUGGGCAGAGGAGGACUUGCCUGGAGAUUUGAGAGAGGAUUCCUUCUACCAGGGCUGCUGAGGGCGAGGUCUGCAUCAGGGGCUGGACCCUGACUGGGUCUGGAGGCUGAGACUAAGGCUCUCAACCCUGGUGCCUCCAGGCACCAGGAUGCUGCCUCGGAUGAAGGAAAGUGCCAGAUGACGGGCAUUUUCCCUGCCGAAGUGCCCGUCCCAUGGGCUCAGCCUCACUGGUCACUGUUAGCCCAUGCACACGUGUGGGCCUCGGUCACGUGGCUUUGAGGGCAGUCUGACCAGGCUAGACCACACGUGCCGUGACAGGGGGUGCCAUUCCCCUUGCAGGCUCUGACAUGUCCACAUGCAGCCUGGCCGUCCAAAGACCAGGAAUCGAGUUGCAAAUCUGCCAUUAAACUGCUGUGCGACUUCCGGCAUAUCACUGCCUUCUCUGGGCUUCAGUGUCCUUUUCAUACCUAGAAUGCUGCAGUCUGAGGCUCUUUGGGUUCAGACACACCGUUGUAGGCUUCCGUAGGGGACCCUGUGAUCUGCCGUGCCCCUCCUCCCUGUUCUUUUCUGUCCUCCCCGCCCCACCCUCAGAAGCUGCUUGCUCUGCCCCCGAGACAGGAGCUUGACGGAUGAGGUGCAGCCAGCCACCCAGGUGCCAUUUCCAGUCUGACUUCUGGAAAUGUGCACCAUGUCCUAGAGCACAGACCCAUUGACUGGAGCCUCCUGGGAGGGUUCAAACCGUCCAGCUCUACGAGAAAUGCCCAGAAAGAAUUUGCCGACUCCAUCCGUCUGUGGAGGCUGUCUGCCUCCGGGGUGGAAUCGGUGAUUUCUCCUCCAAUUCAGACCCGAGAGGUAGCCCCAGAAGGCAUGUACCUGGUGGGCAGCAGCUCAGGUACCGUUGGGGGUUGCAGGGCCCUUACGCAGGUGUUUCUCUCUCUCUCCUCUCUGGGGUGCGCGUGUGCGUGCGCGUGCGUGUACCUGUGCUGUUCUCUGUGAGCACAUCAGGGUGCCCCUCCGAGAACACGUGCACGUGUCCCCACCUGAGCAAGCGUGUGUGUGUGCUCCUCUGCGUCCCAGGUUUGGACGUCUGGAGGUUGGUGUGCCUGUCUUCUGCCCUCCCUGAGCCCACAGGGUCAGUCAGUGUAUCUUCUACGUGCCUCUCCCUCUGCCUUCUCUCACAGUGCCCCCGGCUCCAAAGCUCAGGGGUAGGGGUUCUCCUGAAGGUGCAGGAGACCCUCCUCAUCUCCUGGACCCUCCAGGGCACUCUGGUCCCUAUUCCCCAGCUCCCAGGCAGCUGAGCCGGGUCUCUUAGGGGAGGUGACCAGCAGCUUCGGUGCAGGGAGCUCUUGGUGGGGCAAAGGGCUGGACCCCUGCCAGGUCCGUGGACAUGGUUAUAUGCCCGGGAGGGGCGGGUGCAGGGCCCCAGGGAUGGCCCCCAACCCCACCUCUGUUUAUUCUGUAAACUACAACCUAUAAAUAACCUUUAGCAUUCCUAUUGUAACAAAAUUAAUUUUUAUGAAAUAAAUUAUAUUUCCUAGUCUAAUAAAAUCUGGGUUGCAUUU